AUGGCAGCAGCAUACAACACCAUAGCGAAAGACAAGCUGGAAGCAAACAGCGCUUUAGAACCAACUUAUCAUGUCCUGCACAGGAUCUAUUGUGGAAGCAGCAUGGAAACUACGGUGUUUCACGAUGCCCCAUACUACACGAGCCAAGCAGAAUAUCAUACACACAUGACUGGAGUAAAAUCCGUUCCAAACGUGGAGCUUCAUAUAGUCAAGGAACCGCGUCUUUCUUUUGUUGUGUUCAUGGAAUACUCGUGUUGUCAAGUCAUGUCUCACGGCGCGCCAAAGAAGAGCGAUAACCCAGCACCGACGGGCCAUAAAAUACUUCCUGUAUCUGAGGUCCUUUGCAAAGCUCUUAGCAAACUAACUUCAAACAGUCCAAUAGUAGAGAACAUGAGUCCUGCGUUCGAAAUGCAGGAUGAGAUCCUUACUCCAUAUCUAUGGGUAUACCAUUCGAGAGGAUCAAUAUUGGAUUCCAAGAAGGAGCUCGAUCCGGAAGAAAACCUUCAUUUAGACGCCUUUAUGGAUUAUAUCAACGAGUAUUACGGUUCGGAGUUUGCGACCGUAGACGAUGAACUUGAAAAGGGGAUGAUUUCGCCGCAAUACCUAAAAUAUCCUUUCGUUCCUAACCAAGUGAUCGUUCUCGCAGAUCUAAAACAAACAAAUGAAGAUGCCGACAAAUACGUUAGAGCGUACCUAUUGAACCAGUGGCCAACAUCAACCACAGUAGGCGGAGUAAAACAGGCUGCCAUACUCUCUCUCACUGCAUCAUUUUGGGAGUACGACGGCGUCUUCCAGUGGUCUUCUUGUAAUCUGGACAUGGAAAUGGAUGAUAAAGGACCACCAAUACUAAUCAAUACACUGAAGAUAUACCCGAUCGAUUACGCGAAGAAGGGUCUAAAAGAGCAGCUGCGUAUCAGAGGGCAGACGUUUUGGGAUUUCCGGGUCAAGAACUUGGUAUGUUACAAUGGUUGGGACUUCAACCGGAAGGAUUAUAUGCGGGAUACGAGAUUCAUGGUCGACCUGCAAACGUAUAGAUAUAUGCAUCCAGACGCGUCCGCUGCCACGAAACGACUGAAUGACACACUAGGUCCUGACAAGAUGGCUUCCGAAAAACCACCAGAGGAUAACUUUGUGCUCCUCCUCCCAGCUAGCGUCUAUGGGUUUAACAUGCUGGACAAGAAAUGGAUUAAUUUGUUAGUUGACAAUAUGUCACCAGUUCUCUGGAACAAAAAUGCUUUUGCAAGCCUCGCUCUAGACGAAGAGACAAAAGUGCUUAUCACUGCACUUGUCACUAAUAACAUAUCAGCCAACAUGUCUGUCGAUAUCAUGAGUGGGAAGGGAAAUGGAUUGAUUGUGUUACUUCAUGGUGGCCCUGGCACGGGCAAAACCUUGACCGCUGAGAGUGUCGCAGAGAUUGUUGAGAAGCCUCUCUAUCGCGUGACCUGUGGUGACAUCGGAACCAACGCAGAAGACGUAGAAAAGUAUCUUACCGUUGUGCUUCAUUUGGGGAAGAUUUGGGACUGUGUGGUACUCCUCGAUGAAGCCGAAGUGUUUCUUCAAGAACGCAGUCUGAAGGACUUGCAAAGAAAUGCACUUGUCUCAGUGUUUCUUCGAGUGCUCGAAUACUAUGAAGGUAUCCUGAUUCUAACAAGCAACCGCGUCGGCACCUUCGACGAAGCAUUCAAAUCCCGCAUCCAGCUAGCCCUCCGCUACGAACCACUCAACCAGUCUCAGCGCCGCAAAGUAUGGGAGAAUUUCAUCAACAAGAUUGAAGAAGUUGAGUCUGAUACAAUCGACUCUGGUGAUCUGCGCCGGCACAUUGAUCAACUAGCUACUUUUAGCAUGAACGGACGGCAGAUACGUAAUGCGAUGACGACAGCCCGCCAGCUAGCGAAGUACAAAGAUCAGACACUGGAUUUCAAGGCACUAAAACAUGUUAUUAAUGUGUCGGGGAAGUUUGACAACUAUCUCAAGAAUGUGAACGAGGGGUUGUCCGAUGAGGAUUUGGCGAGGGAGGAGCGACUGCGAUAG